AUGGAUAUAAAAAAGGAAAAUUAAGGAAAAGUCGAAGAAUAUCGUCAAAGUUUAUAAUAAGCAGUGCAGAAAUAGGAUGAACAUUGUUAUGCAAUUGCUAUUAAUAUAGAUUGCUCUAUAUUAGUUGCAGGAUGUGAUAGUUACAUAAAAGUAUUUGAAUUUAAUUAAGGAAUCCUUAAAUAAGUUUAACUUUUAAAUGAACAUAAGUAUUCUAUAUUUACUUUGAAUUUCAUGAAAAGAUCGAAUAAAUUUAUAUCUGGAAGUAAUGAUAAUUCAAUCAUAAUAUGGGAAAGAAAUAUUAAUGAUUUAUGGAUUUGUUAAUAGAAACUGACUGGACAUACUAGUAGUGUUUAUUGUUUGAUAUUAAACAAUAAUGAAGAUGUUAUUGCUUCAGGAAGUCGUGAUAAUUCUAUUAGAUUUUGGGUUAAAUAGAAUUUGUGGAAGUGUACAUAGACAAUUACAGAUCAUAAUUCAGUUGUUUAUGGAUUAAGUUUAAAUGAACAAUAAAAUAGAGUCAUAUCUUGUGGAGAAGAUAAACUUAUAUUAGUGAUAGAAUAAAAAGAAAUCAAAAAAAAAUGGUAGGUAAUAUAAAAAAUAUAAGUGGAUUAAUUUGGGUUUAGAAUAUGCUUUAUUGAUAAUGAUAUAUUCACAUUCUAACCUUAUGAGAAUGAAUAGAUGAUCAUUUUUGAGAUGAAUAAAACUAACUAAUUUUAUAUCAAGACAAAGGAUAUUCAAGUAAAAGGUGGUUCAGAUUAUUGUCUAUUUCCUUAAUAAUAUAUAAAAUAAAAAAGUAUCCUUGUGAAUAAGUACGCUUCAAAUUUGAAUUUAAUCAAGAUGAAAUAAAACGGUGAAUUUAUAAUUGAGCAAUCUAUUGAAUUUAAAACUUCCGAUUUAUAUGGUUGUAUUUCUGAUGAUGGAUAAUAUCUGAUUACUUGGGACCAUGAAUAAAAAGAAUAUUAGGUCAGAAAACACAUGGAGAAAUGA